UUUUGCUUAAUUUUCUGACAAAUUACACGUUAUUAACAUGAGUAUUUUUGCCUUUAGAGUGAUAAAUGUUCCGAUGGCCCUUUUUGCCCGGAUUUUCUAAGUUUUUUGUUAUUUUAUUAUUUCGUUCUUCAAGUAGUUUAAUUUGAGAAUAUUUUAACAACCUUUGUUUCAUCACAGAUUAAAGACGCAACAAAAUUGGAAUCUGUCGUUUUGAUAAAAUUUCUUUUCAUUCACAUUGGGAACUGACUCGUUAUUUCAGUCCUUUUAAUAUUGGGACCCUUUCAGUCCUUUCAUUUUAAGGAAACAGACGACCUUUUUUAUCUCUGUAACAUAUCUUUAUGUAUUCACACACGAUUUUUCAUCAUAAACCCAUAUCACGUUCAUUCAAAUUAUAUUUUUUGUACAUUAAGAAAUUUUUUGAUUUUUUUUCAAACAAUCCCAACACGAUUGAUCCAAGAACUUUAUACCAUCGAAGUUUUGUUAUCAAUUGAAUUGCUUGAAUUUGGAUAAUUUUAUAAGUUAUUUUAAUCCCAUAAUUUCACUUUAUUUUAAAGACUUAAAUUAUGCAUUUUUGAACAAUUGCCCCAUUUUAACUUUGUUUCUUUUAUUACCCACUAUUAUCCAUUCAUUCCACACUUAAUCAGGCGGUUCUGAUAAUUUUAUUACCAACCGCGCAGGUACUUUCUCAAUUCAUUUUCAGAAAGUUACCCCACAAAAUAGCACCAUAAGACACAAGCUUAAAAAUUCAAUUUACACAUUAAUUUGUCACAAUCAUAUAUCACCACUUGAUAGAUUUGUUCAAGUGUAAGGUAUAAAUCUGUUUAGAUUCGACUGUUUCUACAUUGACUUAAAUUGAAAUAAGAUGCCUUGUCCUCACUAACCCUCUCAUGCUACAAUUGCUAUUACACAUUAACUUUAUUCGCCAAUUUUAAAAAACACACUCUUAUUAUAUGAGCAGCACUAGUUGAUGUAGAAUAGCUGGUAAAACAUGAAAAAGAGCAUGAUUGAACAAAUCGAUAAUGAGGUGAUAAAUACUAAGGUUGAUGUCGGGAAAAAUUUGGUUUGCAAUCCCAUUAUGAUGAAAACCUUCGACGGUAACUCCAGCUUUAUAAGAUUGGGAAUUAACAAAGCUACACAAAUCGGAUCACAAACUUUAUUCAAUACACAUGACAUGAAUGCUACGAAUACUCUCAGUAAUGCUAACACAACUACAAAUAAUAUCACGAACGCUAAUAAUACUAGUGGUUCAAAUAAUGGUAUAAAUAAUGUGAAUAGUGAUAAUAAUAUGCCUAAUACGGGUAAUAGUUCACAGAAUGUGGUAUUGGAUACGAAUUCGAAAAGUGAUACAGCCCACACUGAACCAAGUCCCAACAGGGUUAAAAAUAGUGUAAGAGAUGGAAUUAGAAUGAAUAAUUCGCUAUUGAAUAGUUUGUCUGGUUUAGGACCUUGUCCUGUGGUAUGUAAGCCAAAUCCCUUUUCAUCAGUCUUUAACAGAAGUUUCUCAGGAAACCCAUACUCAGGCCAGUCUCCAAGAAGUCACCAUAACCCAGACAACACAGUCAAUACACUUAGUAGAAUUAAUUCACUCAGUAAUAACUCAGUUAGUAAUAGUUCAGUCGGCAGCAAUUCAUUCAGUAGUGAGGGUUCCAUGGAUAAAAGUACGGAUAAGGUCCCAUAUUCGACGUUCUUUGAUUCAUCAGAUGAAUCAAUAAAUAUUUUGAAGAAAAUGUUUUCGAGUAAUAUGACUCCGACUCGUGAGAGUGGAGCUGUUUUGGAUGAUGGCGGGAAGUUUGAAUGGAUUCCGAGCGACGCUGACGAGCCCACGUCAUAUGCCGAGUCAGGGGCUGUCAGCCUGGGAACCUCUGACUGUGGUUCUACUUUACCUCCAAGUGAUAUUUUGGGACUUUUUGAGGACAAUUUUGAGGAUGAAUGCGAUGGAUACCUUUUAUCGAGUUAUUACAACUACGGCCAGAGUGAUUUAGACACGAGGCUGAGAAACCUCUCUAGUGUUCAUGAAAGUCUCUAUACCUCAUCAGAUGUGGCAACCCUGAGAACCUUAGAAAAGUUUUUAAUUAACCUUCUACAGAAUACCAAUCAGUAUGGAAAUCUCACUCCUUUUGGGAAACUUCUCGCCUUCAUCAACCUAAGCUACCUUAACAAACACAUUAAAAUGCUGGAAUCGCUCUAUAAUCACCAAGAAAUGUCAAUAUUAAGGAAGGCACUUAAUAACACUAGUAAUAAUACUCAAGGCCAAAUUUCUAAAACCUUAAACACUUCUGCAGGAUUAUCGGAAAUGAAAGUGAGUAAUGAAGAAGCAUUGAAUGCAUUUACCCAGUUGCUGAACAAGACUGGUAAGGAGAUCUCAUCGAGUGGUCAGUCAGUGACUACAAGUACGAAGUCGAAGACGACUUCAUCUGGAAUUAAAUACAAUAAACAGCGUCUGACGAUUGUCGACACGCUCUCGUCAAUGUACAAGACGGGCGGAGAGCCUCACUUCCCACGAUUUGUCUGCGGGUCAGUUGACCGCUCUAAAGUAGUUCAAUCAGAGACUAUAAGCAUCCCUUUUGAUAAAUCUGAACGUCAUAACAUACACGUACAAUUUGAAAAGUUCAAUUCCACCGACUCAAACAUGUGGCCCAAACUCAACACCUUACCACAAACCAUCACAGAACAGACUUUUGUACAAGUGGCUCCGUUGAAGUACGGAAGUUUGAUGGGUUGGAAGGCAGGCACAGUGGCUUCUAUCUCAUCAGGGCAACUGAUGAUACGAGUACCUAACGAGCUGAAGGAACGGAUGUACCUGUUGAGGAAUUUUAUCCCGCCAAAUGUACCUGUUGUUAAGCUCGAGAAGGGCUACUGGCGCCUCCUGCCCAGAGAACUUGACGUCAACACCGACCUCUACGUAGGCUCAUGUUUAUCACUACUUAAUUUGGCGGAAAACGAUGAGUCAAUAGACGUCGUGGUUGUUAACCUCUUUUUCUCCACUGAAAACUCACCUAUCGCACCGAUUAAACCUCCCUCAGAUGAAACCAACUUCUACGCCACCUCCGAUAACAAUGGUAAUACUGGUGAUCGUAAUAAUAAUUUGGAAAAGAAAGAAGAAAAUAAUGGUGAUGUUACCAGUAACUCUGUGGAAAGUGGAAAUGCAGAUAAUUUAAAGAGUUCAGUUGGAACCUGCCGUUGUGAUGGAUUUAGUCUGAGAAUAUUUGAAGGCAAAUAUGUGGGAGUGCCAGAACGUAUUUUGGUACACAGUUUACACGACAAGAAGGAACAUGAAGUAAAAGUGAGUGAGUUAAGAGGAUUUAAACUAAACUACGACCUACAGUCCCAUUUUGAUGGUUCAAGCCUCAACGGUCAGUUCCCAAACGGAGUUUGGGUAGUCCCGAGGAACAUAUCUUUCUUGGGCAACGCAAUGCUGACUAAGGAUUCAGCACGGCCUGGGUUUGCAUGGCUUUUCAGACCCGAGCUGUGUUUGAUGAUUUUCCCCUUCAGCCGCACAGUCGACGUGUUACAGGACCUCUGCAGACUCAUUCCAUUUCUGCACCCAGAACUUAACUACUUGGCGCUUUGCGCCGGGCUUUGGUCACUUCGGAAUAACCCAGAGCUCAGAGAACGUGAGUCUGUCUCUUACACCCGAAGCCAAAAGGCCGCGAUCCGAGACCUCACGUCAAACGAUGUAGUCAACGAAGUCUGCGCUGACGUACUUCGCUGUCCAUUCUCACUCAUCCGCAGACUCUACGCAUGCUUCCCAGUCUUCAGUCUCUGGAUCGCACUCGACCUCUACGACCCGGAAAACGACCCUGAUCCCACUAUUCCAACCGAUAUCACACCUAUUCCACUCACACGCUGCGAAAAGUGUGGUGGCACUAAUUUUAAGAAAACUGGAAUCACAAAGAUUGUUCAAAACAAGUAUAACAACCUGUUGAAAUCAAUAACUACAAGCAGUGGUAAUAAUGUUGAAAGUGCGGAUAGUUCUGUAACAGUUAAGAGUUUUGAAGGUAAUUGGGAAAAUAAUUCUAAUACCACCAACACUGGUAAUGCCAAAAAUACCAUCGACACCAAUAAUACAAAAGAUAACACAAACAACAGAAAUCAUAAUGCAACUAAUAAUACAGGCAGUGAUAACCAAUCAAAUGAUGUUAAUGGUGAUUUUAAGGAUAUGAAUAAUUCAGGUAUUGAGACGAUUCCAGUAUUGACCGAUUUGGAAAGAGUGGAGGAGAUGGUGAAACGGUUUGAGUCUUUGGCGAAUUCUCGUUGGAGGAUGACCCGUGAGUUCACAGCGUCUUACAGUUUGGAUGACGAGAUUUCAAUGCUGACCACAUCCCCGCCAAGUACUGCACGCACCAACUCAGAGUUCAUCUUACAGCUGGCUGGCCUGAUGAGUAAUGUGAAGAAAGGGAAGGACGUACAGGUUGAUCCAACCAUGGUUUUCAAGCUUUGCCAAUUGGCAGAGGAAUGCACCUCACCAACAGAAAGUGCCCUCCUUACAGGCUGGUCAACUUGCAUCCUGGGAGACCCUAAAGAUGACAUUAAUACUCAGAACACUCACUCGAGAACUCAAACUAAGCCUAAGGAUUUAUUACAGACUUUGGGUGCCAUUAGCUCAAUUAGUAGUCCUGGAGUUUGUCCUCUUAACGCGAUUAAAUCCAAUAACUCCCCCUCUAUAUCUCUCAAUUCGCCAUCAAUCUCGAUCAACUCACCCUGUAUAUCAUUGAAUUCCCCUUGUAUUCAAAUUAACUCGCCUAAGAAGCUUAACCUUUCUUCUCUCACAUGUCCCAGUAAAAUCCCCAAUUCCAACACUAUUAACCAAAUUGCCAUUAACACUAACAAUAUUUCUGGAAACAACAUUAACAGCAGUACAUUUAAUGCUAACUUGGUUAAUAUCAAUUUUAACACUAAUUUGGCAAAUAAUGUUAAUAUGAAGGCAGGAUGUCCGAUAAGAAGGUGUCCAAUAGAUUUAACAAGUAAUUAUACACAAUUGUUGGCAAAUAAUCCGAUACUGACUGAUUUAUCAAACAUGUAUAAGCGCAAAAGGGAAGUUGAUGUAACUAGAAAGGACAGUGAUUUGGGGAAGAGGUUCAGUGAUAUAACCCGCAGAUUUAGCGAAAUGAAUAAGAAAGAUAGUGAAAUUAAGAGAGAUAGUGAUAAUAUGGGCCGCAGAGUUAGUGACUCUGGUAAGGUUGGAAUUAAGUAUCAGAAAGGAGGAAUGAAUUUGCAGGUAGGGCUCCAGGUCAAGCAGCAGGAUUUAGCCACCAGGAAGCCUAAACAGCCAGAAAAGGAGGCCGAGUACAUUGAUGACCCUCACGACUUCUGCAAGUUCAACGACAGACCCAAGAGAAGGGCCUACAUCUCAUCAAUCAAGUGGGACGAGGACCUAGAAAUUUAGCAUUAAUUUUUUUACUCACCA